GCUAUACAAAGAUAGAUAUUUGUAUGAGUGGAGAGCUCUUGAAGCUUUCCUUCCAUAUACCCUCAAUCUUUGUUUGGGCUUUUCCUCAACUACAUAUAAUGUCUCUCUUCCGACACAAGUAAGGUGGUCGGAUCAUUGCAUUCAGAGGUUAAACAUAUGGAUUUGCUAAGCACAAACUGCUGCCUGAGGGUAAAAUCUCGCAGUCCCUAUUUCCGCGCCGCGUCCCAGUUCUUGGGUGUAGAUAGGGAAAUUUGUGGGUGCAGUAGUUCACCCAACUUCUUCACCAAAUUAUGCUGUGGACAUGGAGGUAGGGUAAAGGCUUUGGCUGGUCAGAAUCAGACCAAGAGAUUAAGAAAACGAGGAAAAUUUCAGAAAACGGACAAGGAUUUACCUCAAAGAGUACAAAUACAAGAUGAAUAUGAUGGUGUAGAUGCAACAUUAAUAUCGGGGGUCGAUUAUGUUGAAGAUGGGAAUAAGAUGCCUUCUUCUGGUACCUCGGACGUUCAGAGUACUUCAGUUGUUGUCCCAUCAAGGACUGCUGUGCUUCAAGCAUGCACUGUCACUUCUGGUCUGAUGGGUGCUGUAGGUGUUCUAAUUCGGCAGGUUUCCCACUUUGCUGCAAGAGAAGGAUGGCCGGUUCUUGACUGUUCCGCAGAUAUAACGUUUAGCUUUGAGUUAUGGCAUCUUGAGUUGAUUGCUGGAUCAGUUAUACUCGUGUCGUCAUGUCGUUUCUUGCUACUGAAAACAUGGCCAGAUUUUGCCGAGUCUAGCCAAGCAGCUAAUCAGCAGGUCCUUACUUCCCUGGAACCUCUGGACUACCUGCUCAUAGCAUUUUUACCAGGAAUCAGUGAGGAACUCCUCUUUCGCGGUGCGUUGUUACCACUUUUUGGCGUUAAUUCAACGAGUAUUUUCGUGGUUGCUGCGUUAUUCGGUGUACUACACCUCGGAAGUGGUCGAAAAUAUUCCUUUGCAGUCUGGGCAACUUUGGUCGGCCUUGUGUACGGCUACGCUACAACUUGGUCCUCGAGCAUUAUUGUGCCAAUGGCUUCUCAUGCACUGAACAACUUGGUCGCUGGCGUCAUCUGGCGCUACUCCUCCAAUUCAUCAAAGUAGACUGGAUGAACGCAUUGUUUCAGAUUUUUUUAUUAAAGUUUUCAUUAACUUGAAGUGUGGCCAUAAUCCCUAAUUUUUAGGGCUUACGUGGGUGGCCAAAUUUGUAAUUUUAUGUCUAUUUUAUCCUUAAUAUUUUGUGCAUUGUAUAUUAUAGAGCUUCAUUGGAUUA